CCAAGAGUUGUUUUUUUUUACUGUCAGCGAGAGCCUAGCUAGAAUCCAAUCACUAGUGUUCUGUUGCUGAUUUUAAAUACUCAUUUUUACAGUGACAUCUAAAACUUCUAUAAAUUAAAUUAUUUAUAUAAUUAUACUAGAUCAGUAGAUUGUAAAAAUAAUUUAUAACAUGGCUAUGACCCUUGCCCUUGUAACAUGCCUAUUUACCAUUGUGCAUGCUACAAAUUAUGCGGUAGAUGACACAGUAGGAAUCGCUCGUCAGUAUGAUGGUAUUGGAGGACUUAGCGGUGGUUCAGCCACAUCCAAGCUACUGAUCGGAUAUCCACAGAAACAGAGAGAUGAAAUCUUGGAUUAUCUCUUUAAACCUAAUUUUGGAGCUUCUUUACAAAUAUUGAAGGUGGAAAUUGGUGGGGAUGCACAAGCUUCAGAUGCAACUGAGGCAUCACACAUGCAUGUUGAGUGGGAAGAGGAUUAUGAGAGAGGUUAUGAAUGGUGGUUAAUGAAAGAAGCCAAACUGCGCAAUCCUAAGAUUAAGCUGUAUGGCCUUCCAUGGGCUUUCCCAGGAUGGCUGGGUAAUGGCACUCAGAGUCCGUACAUAGACAACUACAAAUUAGCAGACUACAUUUUCAAGUGGAUUAGAGGAGCAGAGGUUUAUCAUGGCUUGUUCAUUGAUUUUAUUGGGAUUUGGAAUGAACGAUGGUGUGAUACAGGAUAUGUGAAGGUUUUACGUCAAACCCUAGACCAAAAUGGAUAUGAAAAUGUUCGUAUUGUUGCCUCUGAUCUUGACUUUGGCAUAGUGGAUUUUGUUAAAGCAGAUACUGCCCUGGCUUCUGUUGUUGACUAUAUUGGAGCACAUUACCCAGGUGUGUUGUCACCUGAUGAUGCCAAGGAACUUGGGAUACCUCUGUGGUCAUCUGAAGACUUCAGCACUUAUAAUGAUGAAACAGGUGGCGGAUGCUGGGCUAGGAUCCUUAACCAAAAUUAUGUUCAAGGACUUAUGACGAGCACCAUUGCUUGGAACUUGAUAGACAGUUUCUUCCAAGGCUUGCCAUGGGACAGAACAUCUCUCAUGACUGCAAGAGAACCAUGGAGUGGGAACUAUAUAGUCGAGAGCCCUAUAUGGAUGUCUGCUCACACAACUCAGCUGACUGAGAUAGGCUGGAGUUAUCUCCCCCAUGGUCAUGGUGUUGGGAUGCUGAAAUCUGGAGGGAGUUAUGUGACCCUUGUUAGCCCAGAUCUUAAAGACUUUACAAUUGUUGUAGAAACUAUGAGCCAUGAUCACUCAGUGUGUAUUAGACCCCCACUGCCACAUUACACUGUAGAGACCCAGGUUGUCACCUUUACAUUGGCUGGCAGUUUUGCAUCAGUCAAGUCUCUGAAUGUUUGGCAAAGUCAACUCAAGUUUGGAGCCAAUGAAACUUCAACAUAUUUUCAAAGCCUUGGGUCUGUCCCAGUUGUUGAUGGAGCUGUUAGCUUGACUGUUGGAGUGGAUGAAAUUUACUCCCUAACAACACUCAGCACUGGUUACCAUGGCAAACACCCAGAUCCCCCAGAAUCUGCUCCCUUCCCUUUGCCUUUUGUUGAGGAUUUUGAAAAGUAUCCACUGUCUGCGGAGCCGUAUAUCCUAGCACCCCAGCAGGGCUCCUUUGAUGUUGUAGAUGUUGGGGGGGACCACGGCAAGGUCAUGCGACAGAUGGUUCUACAACCCCCCAUAGCCUGGUGUCAAGACACUCUACGUCUGAACUCGUCUCUGAACUUGUUUGGCAGAUUCAAUUGGACAGAUGUCGAGGUAGACGUGGAUAUGAAUGCUGGAGAAAUCAAUGGCACCAAUGCUGUUUACCUGGGUGUUCGCAUAGACAACGCUGGCUGUGGGACAGAUACUGCUCUGGGAAUUUUUCUCUUCAUUACACCCAAGGAUAAUUCGUUUAAGCUAACUAAUGAUAUCAAAGGCCAGAAAAUUUUACUAGAGGGCAAGAACCAAUCAGCUAUUCAGAGUGGAUGGAAUAAAGUUAGCCUUACUGUACAAGGUCAGACAGCUGUAGCCUCAGUCAAUGGAGUCAAGCUGUUUAACACACAAAUCCCUUCAACUCCGGCCAAUGGGUUUGUGGGGGUAGGAACAGACAUCUACGGCUACGCAGACUUUGAUAACAUAUACGUGCACAAUACGACCACAAGGUCUCACAAACACCAUAUACAGUCGCAACCUUUGUACUUUGUCAAAGAGGAGAUUCACUAAUGAUCUUUGUUUUGUAUGUUUUUUAAAAGUACCUGUUCGAUAUUUAAGUAAUAAAAUCAUCACUGGUUAUUUUAUUCCAAGGAAGGUAACACAGGAAACCAAGAAAGUUUAGAAUUUUUAGUAUUUAUGUCCCCUUUUUAAGAAAAAAGUGCCCUUUAAAAAAAAAAAAUUAAAAUUCAUUUUAAAAACAAUAGUUAAGGCAUAAAGUAAAGGAAAAAUAACUUCAGUAUUGUGCCAUAUAUAUACUUUUUUUUAACUUACUUCAGUUUAUACGACAUGCUAUAUAUUUCACAUGUUUAUUAUAUGUCACUUGUCCAGAUUAAAGUGUUAUUUUCUGAGGUUUAUGAUGUGAUGUUUUAAGAGAAAGUAAUCAAUACAUUAACGGAAGGCUAAUGUUUAGUUUUUUAAUGUGCCCUAAUAUGGAGACUUUUAUAUGGGUUUUGUUUCGUUGACAGAUUUACAUUUUUUAACUGCUCAGAAGAGCAUAAUGUGUGAGCUUUUUCACAUUCCAUUUUUCUGUUCUUAUAAUUUUUGUCAUAUAAAAGGUUUCUUUUUGUAGAGGUAUUUGUUCAUUUUGAUGUGUGUCUAUAGCUGGGUAUGUACAGCUGGGGAAAUUUAUUUUUUUAAAUAUUAUUUUACACUGCAAAUAAAAAGCUGUGAAAAAGGCAUAUUUUUUUUCAAUUACAACAUGUCAAUUUGUACUGACAAUUUUUAGCUUUUCAAAAGAGCUAAGCUUAUGUA